AUGCCCCUUCUUGGCUUUGGCGUCUAUCAGAACUACAAUGCGACCCCUUCGGUUCUAGAGGCAUUUAAAGCUGGCUACAGACAUGUUGACUCUGCUCAGGUAUACAGGAAUGAGGCCGAUGUCGGUGCGGCUUUUCGCGCAAGCGGUUUGAAGCGGGAAGACGUCUUUCUAACUUCAAAGUGUGUGUCAAAGACACACGGAUAUGACAGCACCUUGAAAGGUGUCGAUGAAUCUCUACAAAAGUUUGGAGUUGACUAUCUCGACUUGUUUCUAAUUCACGAUCCCUUUUCUGGCACUGAACGUCGUCUUGCUACAUACAAGGCCCUUCAGGAAUGUAAACAGGCAGGAAAGCUCCAUACUGUCGGUGUCUCUAACUAUGGUGUCAAGCACCUGGAGGAAAUAAGGACGGCGGGAUUCAAAAUGCCCGCCGUCAAUCAGAUCGAGCUUCAUCCGUUCUGCCAACAAAAGGAAAUUGUCGCCUAUUGCAAGGAAAAUGCCAUUGUAGUGCAAGCUUACUGUCCCAUUGUUAGAGGUAGAAUGGACGACCCUGUAAUAAUCAGCAUUGCCUCCAAAUAUAAUCGGGACCCUGCACAUAUUCUGCUUCGCUGGUCCCUACAGAAAGGAUUUGUUCCUCUUCCGAAGAGUGCAACUCCAGAGCGUAUUCGCUCGAACGCGAACCUCUAUGACUUUGAAUUAACGGGAGAAGAAAUAUCGGCCCUAGAUUCACUGGACCGCGGAAAGGACGGUGCAGUCAGUUGGAAUCCUGUCGACGCUCCGUAA